ACGUACCUUUCCAUGUGUUUUUUACUCCCAUACUCAGCACUCCUCAAAUCCGUGAUCCCGGUGGGGACUCCGUUCGAACAAACUGAGACUUCUUCUGAAGACUCUCAUCGUGACCACAGACGUUCAUGUUCAUCACAUACCAAUAGAUUUCCUUUCAAUAUUAUCUUGUGAUAGUUUUUUAAAAUAAUAUUACUCGCUUUUAGGAAGAUUUUACCGAAGAAAAUGUCCAAGUGCUUGUGCCUGAAAAUUGAAAAAUAUUUUUAUUAGAAUCUGUAACAAGUAAUCAUGUUAUCUAAUGAAUAUUAUCGAACUUACAUCGUUAAUCUUUUAUUGAUUUUGUGCAUCGGCUCUGAUGGAGGAAGAUAUGUCGAGAAGCAAAGAUAUGAUGGAUGGUACAAUAACAUUGCGCACCCCGAAUGGGGAUCAGUUGACAGCAGAUUGAUCAGGAAAGGGCCUUCGGCGUACGCAGACGGCGUUUAUAUGAUGGCAGGCCAGGACAGAGCAUCGCCGAGAAAGCUGAGCGACUUGUUUAUGAAAGGCGAUGAUGGUAUUGCGUCAAUUAAAAAUAAAACUGCUCUAUUUGCAUUCUUUGGUCAAUUGGUUACUGCUGAAAUUAUAAUGGCCAGCGAAAGCGGGUGCCCUAUUGAAUUCCAUCGGAUAGAAGUUGAAAAAUGCGAUUUUAUUUUUGAUAAAGAUUGCCAGGGCAAUAAAUAUAUUCCGUUUCUACGGGCUGAUUACGAUCGCAAAACUGGGCACAGUCCCAAUAGUCCUCGCGAACAGAUUAACAAAGUGACAUCGUGGAUAGAUGGCAGCUUUGUUUACUCCAGCAGUGAAGCUUGGGCGAAUACAAUGCGAACUUUUAAAAACGGGACGCCAUUGUUCAACAAUGCAGCGCCCAGUGUAAUGAGAAUGUUAAAUCCAGAACGUCUUUACUUACUAGGAGAUCCGCGAACAAAUCAACAUCCAGCCUUGUUAACCUUCGGAAUAAUUUUCUACCGGUGGCACAAUGUCAUUGCCGGUCGUGUCCAGCGGGAAAAUCCAUUUAUGUCUGACGAAGAUAUUUUCCAACGCACACGUCGAAUAGUUGUAGGAACAAUCCAGAACAUUAUUAUGUACGAGUACUUGCCGGCGCUAUUAGGAGAAAUAUUGCCAGAUUACCAGGGCUACAAGCCAGACAUACAUCCUGGUAUCAGUCACAUGUUCCAGAGCGCGGCAUUUCGUUUUGGACAUACCCUCAUACCACCUGGAAUUUAUCGGCGCGAUGAUAAGUGUAACUUUCUAAUGACCCGUACAGGAAAACCGGCAAUAAGAUUGUGCAGUACUUGGUGGGAUUCUAAUGAAGUUGUUUCCAAUAAUACAAUAGAAGAACUAAUAAUGGGUAUGGCAUCCCAAUUAGCCGAACGAGAAGACAAUUUACUGAGUGAUGAUAUCAGAAAUAAUUUAUUUGGCCCAAUGGAAUUUUCACGGCGCGACCUUGGUGCACUCAAUAUCAUGCGAGGACGUGACAACGGGCUACCUGAUUACAAUACGGCACGUACUUACUUCAAUUUACCUAGAAAGACUACCUGGAAUGAUAUAAACCCCGAGUUAUUUGCCAAACGCCCGGAUUUGUUGCGAGAAUUAAUUGAAAUUCACGGCAACAACCUCAACAACAUUGACGUCUACGUCGGCGGGAUGCUAGAGUCCAUUGACGGGCCUGGGGAGCUAUUUUCUACGGUUAUUAAAGAGCAAUUUAUACGCCUACGUGACUCGGAUCGUUUUUGGUUCGAGAAUCAAGACUCUGGCGAGUUGGUGUACAUCUACGUCUGCGUGUUCAUAGCAUUCAUCCCGAUACUAUGUGCCGGGGCCGGGUACGGCGUGGUAAAACUUCAGAAUCGGCGACGGAGAAGACUGAAGAUUGUCCAGGAGUCGAUCAAGCGACGCAGUGGUCGCACAGGGUGCAUUGCUGCUUCCCUAUACGGAAACGGACGGAUCGACAAGAUGAUUGUCAGAGAAUGGCUUCAUGCAAAUCACAAGCGGCUUGUUAAAGUUAAAUUCGGUCCUGAAGCUGCGCUGUAUAUUGAGGACCGCAAAGGCGACAAUUUGAGGACGUUUGAUUUCAACUCGGUCAAUGUUGUCGCCGUUGAGGAGUCUCAGGAAUGUGAGAGCGGUAACGGAAAGGCUUUGGUACUGUUGCGUAUUCCUCGAGACUACGACCUUGUCCUUGAACUAGAUUCUCUCAAUGAUCGUGGAAAGUUUAUAUCUAAACUUGAAGCGCUACUUGGUAUCCAUAAGAAACAUCUCACUAUUGUCCACACCAACCGCGACAUAAUGCUCGCCAAGGCCGAGACCAAGGAGCGACGCCAGAAGAAACUCGAGCAGUUUUUCCGGGAAGCAUAUGCUCUUACUUUCGGAUUGAGACCUGGAGAAAAGCGACGUCGUAGGAGUCAGGAUACUGAUGAUGGUGAAGUUGUUACUGUUAUGAGAACUUCGUUGUCGAAAAGCGAAUUUGCAAGCGCUCUUGGAAUGCGACCGGAUGCGGUGUUUGUUAAAAAAAUGUUUAACAUCGUCGACAAAGAUAAAGACGGACGGAUUUCUUUUCAGGAAUUUCUGGAUACUGUACUUCUAUUUUCACGUGGCAAAACCGAAGAUAAACUGCGUAUUAUUUUUGAAAUGUGUGACAAAGAUAGUGACGGAGUGAUUGACAAAGAAGAGCUGUCUGAAAUGUUGAGAUCAUUAGUUGAAAUUGCACGGACUACUAGUUUGUCUGAUGAUCAUGUCACUGAAUUGAUUGACGGAAUGUUUCAAGGUGCCGGACUGGAAAGCAAGGAGAGCCUGAACUACAACGACUUCAAGUUGAUGAUGAACGAGUACAAGGUUGAUUUCGUAGCAAUUGGAUUAGAUUGCAAGGGAGCUAAACAAAAUUUUCUAGACACCUCAACAAACGUAGCACGUAUGACAAGUUUCCACAUUGAGCAACUGCCUUCGGAGGCUUCUAAAUGCUGGAUAAGAAAGCAGUGGGACGGAGUGUCCACUUUCCUCGAAGAGAAUCGUCAAAAUAUUUUCUACUUGUUUAUCUUUUACGUCAUUACUAUCGCCCUCUUCGUCGAGAGAUUUAUACAUUACUCGUUUAUGACCGAGCACACGGACCUCAGACACAUUAUGGGCGUGGGUAUAGCAAUAACCCGGGGCUCAGCAGCCGCCCUGUCGUUUUGCUACAGCCUUCUUCUACUAACGAUGUCACGAAAUCUUCUAACGAAGCUAAAAGAAUUCUCGAUCCAACAAUAUAUACCGUUAGACUCUCAUAUCCAGUUCCACAAAAUUGCUGCCUGCACGGCACUCUUUUUCUCCGUGCUACAUACUGUGGGACACGUAGUCAACUUCUACCACGUGUCUACCCAGCCUAUUUCGCAUCUUCGUUGUUUGACGAGUGAGAUGAGCUUCCCAAGUGAUGCUCGGCCCACUAUUUCCUUCUGGCUCUUCCAGACAAUUACCGGUGUCACUGGCAUCCUGCUAGUCGUUGUAAUGACGAUAAUCUUCGUGUUUGCUCAUCCGACAAUCAGACAAAAGGCUUAUAAGUUUUUUUGGUCGACCCACAGCCUCUAUAUUUUAUUAUACGCGCUGUGCCUGAUUCACGGAUUGGCAAGGCUGACAGGCGCUCCAAGAUUCUGGAUUUUCUUUGUCGGUCCAGCAAUUAUUUACUCUCUGGACAAAAUGGUCAGUCUGCGCACCAAAUACAUGGCGCUAGACAUUAUCGAGACAGAAUUGUUGCCCUCAGACGUGAUAAAAAUAAAAUUCUACCGUCCGCCAAAUUUAAAGUACCUAUCUGGCCAGUGGGUACGUCUAGCGUGCUCGGUCUUCAGGUCUAACGAGUUUCACUCGUUCACAUUGACCUCUGCGCCACAUGAGAACUUUCUCUCAUGCCAUAUAAAGGCCCAGGGUCCAUGGACAUGGAAGCUUAGAAAUUAUUUCGACCCGUGUAACUACAAUCCGGAAGACCAGCAUCCGAAGAUAAGGAUCGAAGGCCCCUUUGGCGGAGGCAAUCAAGAUUGGUACAAAUUUGAAGUCGCAGUUAUGGUAGGCGGCGGAAUCGGUGUUACGCCUUACGCUUCUAUGCUUAACGACCUUGUUUUCGGUACCUCUACCAACAGAUACUCCGGUGUCGCUUGUAAAAAGCUUAUAUCUUUAAAAUAUAUGUUAUAUAUAUGUAUAUAUGAUAAAUAUAUCAAAAAUGCAUGUGGUGCAAUUUAUCAAAAUUCAUUAUUUAAUAAAGCAAAAUUUUAUUUAUUCAUAGUUCACAAGUCACAGCAGUCACAUAGUGACUGCACGGUUUACAUAUGCGAGAAUCACUUUCAAAGGCUGUCAAAAAAGAGUAUUUUCACCGGACUAAAAGCGAUAAAUCAUUUUGGGCGGCCUGACAUGACGUCAUUCCUUAAAUUCGUCCAGAAAAAACACAGUUAUGUCAGCAAAAUUGGGGUAUUUAGCUGCGGGCCGCGUCCAUUGACCAAAAGCGUGAUGUCCGCUUGCGAUCAAGUUAAUAAAGGCCGCAAGUUGCCCUAUUUUAUCCAUCAUUUUGAAAAUUUUGGAUAA